AUGAAGAAGAAGAGGAUGUUGAUGACUACUAGUGGAAUUGCUUCAUUGACGGAUGGUAUAUUAGUGGACAUUCUAUCGAGACUCCCAGCAAAGGUGGUUGGCCAAUGCAAGUGCAUAUGCAAGCAUUGGUGUUUACUGAUUGAGGACCCCUCUUUUGUGCAUUCGCACUGCGCUUGUUCCAAGUCUAGACAGGACUGCCGCUACCUUUUCAUCUCCAUAAUUGACUGUCACAGAAAAAAUGUUUAUUUUUAUUCGGCAAAUUACCAUGGAGGACCGGGCCACCACUUGCGCACCGACUGGGAUAUGGGACAUGCUUGUUUGAAGCAGUCUGUCGAGGGCCUAAUAUGCAGGGUUCUUGCGCUUGCGCGGUCUAAAACUUGGACCAAAAGAGACCACCUUGAUUUGCCGAUCAAAAAAAAUAAAAGAGACCACCUUGAUGGCUUCAAGGAGAUGGACGACAAGGUCUACGACUACGAGUCUGAGCUUGAUGACUUUGACAAGCUCUACGACUACGAGUGUGAAGUUUUCACUUUGGGCACACAUUCAUGGAGGAAGCUUGAUGAUGUUCCCUUCCACUUUGAAUUUGGUGCUGGUAGUCGUUGUGUUGAUGGUGUCAUAUUCUGGAGAAACACUAGAAUUAGGUUGGAGGAGAAUCAUACUCCAGGGGAGGAUGUGACGGUGGCGUUUGACCUCAAAGAUGAGAAAUUUUGA